GUUUGGCAGUACAGUUGAGAAAAUAUCACGAGGCAGGCCUGAAACGGUGCUUCAAGGCUGCCCUGGCAUAGGUACUUAUUAUAUCAAGUCUCGUUAACAGAGAUGUUCAUUCACUCGUACUCCUAGAUGACCAGUGUAGUUCGUGCAACUCGUGACGAUCCGAUUGACCCCGUAUCACCGUGCUGAGAGGUGCCAGUGCUCCACCAUAAAAUGUGUUUAAGUUCGUACCAUUUAAGUUUGUGUAGCGUAAUGAAAACUCGAAUUGUUGGUCGAUACGAGUGAUAAAUAUGGCAGCGCUCGUUCGUCUUAAACGUGGAAGCGUUCAGUUGAGACAUGCGGCGCUGGAAAUGAAAGCGGCUGUACGAGCGCGACACGUCGUUGCUGCGCUCGUCGCAGUGGGAUUUGCACUUUGCGGUGCAGUGGAAGUGAGCUCUUCGGUCGCAUUGCUUGCCAAUCAAAAGGACAAUCAUGCCAUCAUCGACACGUCGUGGCACUGCGAAAUGCUGGUCAACGUCAGUAGUCGUAAUCGUACCGAAGACUUUGAAGUUAUACUGAUGGAGUUGCCACCGGAAGAGCGUGCAGAAUCCAUAAUGAGAGAGGCGUUUCUAUGGGGCCAAGUGGCCGGGCCGAUUUUAGGAGGAUGUCUAGUAUGGGGAAGAUCGGGUCCAUCCGUGGUGUUUUCGCGAGCGGUUCUCAGUGCUUGUUUGGCAUCUUUGUUGGUACCAGCUGCAUGGAGAGGUCCGUCUCACGUAGCGCUUCGCCUCUUUCAGGGAUUAUGCACGGGCGCGACUAUGCCCGCUGCUCACAUGCUCGCCAUGACCUGGUUUAAGAGCACUCACAGAAGUUGGUACUUCAGUUGUUACGCUGCUGUCAGCGUUGGGUACUGCCUCACGGGAUGGCUAGGCACGGCUGUCGUUCGAAGUUUCGGUCGGGAUUCGCUCUGCUACGGUCUCGUUUGCAUCGCACUCUGUUGGUACUUCGCUUUCGGCCGAUUUGUCAAAGACACGCCAAAAUCCUACCAGCACGACACAAAUGCUGCCGUGAUUCCAUGGGGAAAGUUACUGCGAUCGGUUCCUGUUUGGGCGUCUGCUGUAGCAACCAUGGGAAACCAAUGGGGCGAUGCGACGCUUGCUCUUGGUAUGACAAAAUAUCUAAAACUCAUUUACGGAUUUUCAACGGCUAAUGAUUCUGUUUUAACGACGUUACCGCACAUUGGCCAUUUCAUGGCCGCGUUAACGUGUGGUCUCCUCGUGGAUCACGUUCGCGAGUCAAAAAUAGUUUCGACGACCACGGCUAGAAAGUUGGUCGUGUACACUGCUCACUUCAUCCCCGCUGCGCUACUUUUCGUCGCUGGUUACGCCGGUUGCCAGGCGUUAGGAGCAGCUUGGCUGGGCAUUGCUGCUCUACUCGUGUCAGGAACCGCACCAGCCGGUGCUCUAGCGGCUAUAGCAGACCUUGCACCUGUCGAAUCUCCGGCCUGUGCGGCCGCUGCCUGCGCACUAUGCUCGACUCUAGGCGCAGCGGGCCUCUUGGCUGCUAAUUACUUUGUCACUCAGGCUCUUCACGGUUCUAUCGCUGGCUCGUGGCGGCUGGUGUUCGGCGUUGCUUCCGUCGUUUUGCUAACGACCGCCGCGGUUUUCUUGGCGCUUGGAAAAGGCGUGCCGCAGCCGUGGAUUCCUUCCGUGGCUCGACCGCGAAGUCACGACGCAAUUUACGAGCAAGACGCCCUGGAACUCGAUUACGAGGACGUCGGCGUGCAAACCGAGCCUUUCAAUCCGUUCGAGGAGGACGCCGAAAGCGCGAAAAACGUGCCUAGCUCUGCCUCGGUCGACUCGAAAGUUUCGCAGUCGUCCAGUUAACUCGUUAAACGAAUUAAUUUUACCUUGUUUUUCGAUUCUCCAACGACGGAUGCUUCAUUCACCGAGGAUUUGAUAUUUAUUCAGUAUUCUUUAGCAUUUGUUCUUCGCUGGUUUUUUUUUUUUUAGGAUUCUUGUUGCGUUGAAAUUUGUACAUAAUGUUAAGAAAUAAAUAUAUAUGUAUAUGGUAAUUUUAAGGUCUGUAUAUACGUAGAACGUAAACUUUUUAAAUUACCCAAAGUUAUCGAUUAAUAAACAAUUUGCGAAUUUUAA